AUGGUUAAACUUCCUUGGUAUAUCCCUCAACUUAGACAAGUUGACUUUGAAGAAGAAGUGGAUAGUGUGAUUGAUGUUAUCAAACAUGAAAAGAAUCUUACACAAGUAAACUCAAUCAGCUCAGACGGCUCAGAUUUGAUCAUUAAGGAGUAUAGGGAUGAGGCUAACCGGCCCUGGACCAAGUUCUUCGACGAGUAUGAAUAUCGUUUGACCACCAAAGAGGCAGACAAGCAUGAUUGGUGGAGAUGGUUUGAUAAAGGUACUACGCCAGAAGAGAAAAAGUUAGUUACGAAGUUGGAUUUUCUUCUUGCUUUCUAUUCAUUCAUAGGUUAUUGGAUUAAGUAUAUUGAUCAAACAAAUUUAAACAAUGCUUAUGUUUCAGGAUUAAAGGAAUCAAUAGGGAUGGGUGGUAAUGAUUUAAUUGAUACUCAAGUUAUAUUCACUGUUGGACAAACGCUUUUCGUUUUACCAUGGAUUUUUUGUUUACCCAGAGUAAGUUUGCCUUAUGCUUUAUUUGUUAUAGAAUUCAUUUGGGGAAUGUUCACUUUAUUCACAUUCAAGAUAGAAAACCCUGCUACUUUAAAAGCUUUUAGAUUCAUCAUUGGAGCAGCAGAAGCUGGAUAUUUCCCCAUUAUACAUUUCUCAUUGGCCAGUUUUUACACUUCAACAGAAAUUGGUAGAAGGGGAGCUUUGUUCUAUUGUGGACAGUUUUUAGGGGUUUUAACAUCAGGAUUAUUACAAAGUGCUGCGCUGAAGAUUCCAGGUCCUAAUGAUAGUUUGGAAGGAUGGCAAUAUAUGUUUAUAAUAGAUGGUGUCAUGUCUAUUGCCGUUGCAUUCUUAGCCUUGUUCAUGCAUCCAGGUACUCCAAUGAAAUGUUAUAGUAUCUGGUUAACUGAUGACGAAAUCAAAUUAUCCAGAUCCAGAAUGAAAAAAAAUGGUUCUGAUAUCAGUCCGACUGUCAAGUCUUUCUUCGAUAAACAAACUUGGAAGAACAUUGUUACAUCAUGGCAUUUUUGGCUUUUAUCAAUUGUUCAAAUACUUGGUUUUAACACCAAUAGUACUGCUUCAGGUUCUUUUGCCUUAUGGCUUAAAUCUCUUAACAGGUACCUGGUUUCCAAGUUAAAUGAUUUGACUGCUAUUCCACCGGCUUUAGGUCUCAUAUGGAUCAUCAUUGUUUGUGGUGGAGCUGAUUUAACAAGGAAGAGAUUCGGAAUGAUUAUAUUCUCAUUUCUUAUGAAUUUUACUGCCAACUUUAUACUCGCCCUUUGGGAUGUUCCUGAAAAGGCUCUAUGGGCAGGUUUUUACAUGAGUUAUUGGUCUUGGUCACAAAGUUCUGUGUUCAAUCCGCUUAUAAGUGAUAUAUUGAGACAUGAUGCUAAUCAAAGAGCAAUUGAAUGGAUCAUCAUAUAUGUACUAGGUUUACAGUCUAGUGCUUGGAUGAGUAGGAUCAGUUUCCCCACCGUUGAUGCACCAAGAUUCAUGACAGGUUAUAUUGUAUGUUCAACAUUUAGUAUUGCCUAUAUAUUCUUCUUGUCAAUUGCCUAUUUCUUUUAUAAACGAGACGAAAGAAGAAAUGCUUUAAACAAUGGUAUUUAUAUUUAUGAUAGUCGAUAUGAAAUUCCCGAUGUCUUGAGAGACAAAUCACUGAUAGAUAGUAAAGAAUAG